GCUGCGCAGAGCGGGGCCGCCGCCAUGAGCGAGGAGCGGCUGCGGCGGGUGCGGGACCGGGUGCGGACCUUCCCCGACUUCCCGGUGCCCGGCGUGCUUUUCCGCGAUAUCAGCCCCUUGCUGAAGGAUCCUGGAGCUUUCAGGACUUUGAUCGAUCUUCUGGAAGAGCAUUUGAGGGCGUCUUUCCCCCGAAUCGACUUUAUUGUAGGCCUGGACUCCCGUGGCUUCCUCAUAGGCCCCCCCCUGGCUCAGAGACUGGGCAUCGGCUUCGUGCCAAUACGGAAAAAGGGGAAGCUUCCCGGUCCGACUGAGUCAGUCUCCUACACGCUUGAGUAUGGCAAGGCUGAGCUUGAAAUCCAGAGCGACGCCGUGGAACCGGGACAAAAAGUAGUUAUUGUAGAUGACUUGCUUGCAACUGGAGGUACCAUGUGUGCAGCCUGUGAGCUGAUGAAGAGGCUGAAGGCUGAAGUCCUGGAGUGCCUGGUGAUCAUAGAGUUAAAACUCCUGAAAGGGUCGGAAAAACUCGAGUCCAUCCCUUUCUACUCUCUGCUGCAGUAUGACUGAGGAGGAGCUGGGAGAAGGGAAUGCACGUCAUGAGCUGUGCACGAGUUUGGGCUUUAUUCGGUGACUCUUUCUUGAUGUCACAAGGGGGUGGGUAGGGGGGGAACCUACAGUUUUGAUUCUGGCCAGAUGCUAUACAAUCCUAAGUCCUAUUUAUUUUCCAAGCUGCAGAUUAAGCUGUGUUGAGUGUAGGGAUCCUUUUUGGAGUUCAUCCUUUUGGGAAGAAGGAACAGCCUGAUUGUUUUUGGGGAGGGAGACCAAGAUGCAUCUUCACCAAAUAUUUUUUUUUUUAGGAGACCAAAGUGAAAA